UCAAUUUAGGCUCAUCAUCAUCAUCAUCAUGUGAAGUCCACAGUCCACAUGCUCUUUUCCAGUUUCACCUGCCUAAAACCACUCUCCAAUGUAACAAAAACUCCUCAAUCACCACCAUUCAAAUUCUUCAUUCCCAAACUCUAAUUAAAAUCUAAUAUCACAAAUGGCGGUUAAUUUUCUCUCAUCACUCCCUCUCCUCCUCCACAUUCAUCCAAAAAAAUCACCUUCCGUCACCUCUACUUCACUUCAAUCCCUACCUAAAACAACGCGCAUACACAAUCAUAAUCACGCCGUAACGGCGGUUAAGUCACGUGAUUCCUACGCCGUCGGUGAGGAUUUUCCGGCGGAUUAUGCGGACUGGCUUCCGGUACCUGAUUCUGGUGCUAAGAGAAGAGCUGGUGUGCUUCUUCAUCCGACGUCGUUUCCUGGUCCGUACGGUAUUGGUGAUUUAGGUGAUCAGGCUUUUCAGUUUAUUGAUUGGCUUCAUCAAGCUGGUUGUUCACUCUGGCAGGUUCUCCCACUUGUUCCACCAGGUAGGAAGGCUAACGAGGAAGGGUCUCCAUACUCUGGACAGGAUGCAAAUUGUGGUAACACGCUUUUGAUAUCCCUAGAUGAGCUUGUGAAAGAUGGGUUAUUGAUGAAAGAGGAGCUUCCUGGACCAUUGGAUACAGAUCGCGUAAAUUAUGAAACUGUUGCAGACAUAAAGGAUUCUCUGAUAGCCAAGGCUGCAAAGAGGCUCAUUUUAAGUAAGGGGGACCUCAAAUGUCAGCUUGAAGUUUUCCGCAAAGAUCCUGAUGUUGCAAGUUGGCUUGAAGAUGCAGCAUAUUUUGCUGCUAUUGAUGAUUGUUACAAUACAUAUAAUUGGUAUGAUUGGCCUGAACCCCUAAAGAAUCGUCAUCUUGCUGCAUUAGAAGACAUAUAUCAAAGUAAAAAGGAUUUUAUCGACAACUUUGUUGCACAGCAGUUCUUAUUUCAGAGGCAAUGGAAAAAAGUUUGUCAAUAUGCACAGAUGAAGGGGAUAAGCAUAAUGGGGGACAUGCCCAUCUAUGUUGGUUAUCACAGUGCAGAUGUUUGGGCAAACAAGAAAUACUUUUUGCUUAACAGGAAAGGGUUUCCACUUUUGGUUAGCGGUGUCCCCCCUGAUGCAUUUAGUGAAACUGGUCAACUAUGGGACAGCCCAUUGUAUGAUUGGAAAGCAAUGGAGGAGGAUCAUUUUUCCUGGUGGGUACGCCGGUUACGACGUGCAGGGGAUCUAUUUGAUGAGUUCAGGAUAGAUCACUUCAGGGGAUUCGCUGGCUUUUGGGCUGUCCCUUCUGAAGCAAAGAUUGCCACGUUGGGUAGAUGGAAGGUGGGACCUGGAAGCUCUUUAUUUGAUGCCAUCUUUAGAGCUGUUGGGAGGAUCAAUAUCAUAGCAGAAGACUUGGGAGUUAUAACGGAGGAUGUUGUCGAACUUCGGAAAUCCAUUGGGGCACCUGGAAUGGCUGUUCUUCAGUUUGGUUUUGGAAGUGAUUCAGAAAAUCCACAUUUACCUCAUAAUCAUGAGCACAAUCAAGUUGUAUAUACUGGAACUCAUGAUAACGAUACGAUACGAGGUUGGUGGGAUGUCCUGCCGCAAGAAGAAAAAUGCAAUGUGCUUAACUAUCUAUCAAUUUCCACCGAUGAUGAUAUAUCAUGGGCUCUGAUCCAAGCUGCUCUCGCCUCAGUAGCCCAAACUUCAAUCAUACCUAUGCAGGAUAUUCUUGGGUUGGGGAGUUCUGCUAGAAUGAAUAUUCCAGCAACACAGUCUGGAAAUUGGGGUUGGAGGAUACCAAAUUCUAUGAGCUUUUCAAGCAUGGAUGCUGAAGCAAAGAAGCUAAGAGAUAUGCUCACCAUGUAUGGACGGCUAUGAUUGGUUUUCAUGUUUACUUGAGAAUAAAUAAAAUUUUGUAAAUUUCAUUCAUGACCUUCUAUCCUUGUUGGAGAACUAGCAUUGACGGAUUAGUAGAACUGUAAAUGGUCUUAUAUGAUAUCAUAUGUUUCUCAUCGAAGGGUUACAAAUCGUCUGAAUAAUUGUAACGAAUUUCUUUGCUAUACAUAAAAGAAUGCAUGAUUGAGGAUCAAA